GAGAGGUUUACAGUGGCCAUCGGGUCAUCUGGCAGCUCCAGAAUAAAGCAACCCCAACGGUCUUGUCCAAAAUUGCUGUUGAGAGGAGACUUUUUCGAAUUGAAUGGCGAGGAAUCGUGCCCCAAGAGCUAGCUUACAUGCCCCAAAGAGCACGCUCAGUUAGUGGCGAGAAUCUGGCGAGUGUGGAUGCGUUCCGAAAAGAAACCGCGUCCAAACAAAAAUUCAUUUCUGCCCAAUGCAAUUCGCAACACCGACAAAAAAAAAAAAAAUAAAUAUCAACUUGAAGUGCAAUAUUAAUUGUUACACGAAAAAGCUUAAAGUGUUUUUGGCUGUCAAAGAAGUUGAGUGCUAUAGUUCGAAAAUCUUUGUAUACCCCGCAGGAUAUCUUCAAAAUCCAAACUUUGGAAAAAAAUCCAAUACAGAUAUCUGUGUAUAUGUAUAAUGUCGGUACGUGUGCGUGUGCCUGUAGUAGUAGUGGUGGUGGUGCAAUAAUUGUGAGCGCCAAAAAGCCGAAGAGACGAAGCCGCGCAGCCAAAUAAAUCUCUCGUCUCUCCUUUGGCGCUUCUCGUUUUCGCGUACCGUCGCUUUCCUUUGCUUUCUCCAGUUCGAAAGUCGCGUAGUAAAAAGUGUCGGCAUAUCUCCGCCUCGCUGCACCACCCACUCACUUAACCACUGAACCACUCAGCCACUUGGCCACUUUGUUUUUGGUCAAGUCUUUCGCAUUCUCGACUUCGAAAUUCGAAAUUGCGAAUUUGGCGCGCACCGGAGCAUCAAUUUUAAGGCACAUUUGACCAAGCCACAUAUCAAACUACAAGCUCAAUUAAAAUUGGUUACCAAAAAAUAAAAACCGGCCAAAUAGCUUUGCAACAAUGUUGAACAUAAACAGUAAAAGCAAUAAAGACUUUUGGCAACAAAAAGUGUCCGGCUUCGAGGCUUUCAUAUCAAGUAUAUGAAAACGAACAAAUUCGGAAGUUAAAGUUGAUAAAAAAGUGCAUUGCAAUCUUUAGUAAUGCAAUAAUAUUUAAAAUAAAAACAUAAAUAAAAAAACGCUUCUGAUGCUGCAAAGAACAUUAUUCGUAAAGUGUAAAAGGUGAAAAAUAGAUCAAUUAAAAUAGAAAUUCUAUUUAAUUUGUGAACUGUUCUGUGGUGUUUAUCCGAGCACAGGAACAAUAAAAAAAAUUACACAUUUCGAAAAUUGAAAAGCAAUCGAUACUGGUGGGGCAAGCCGCAAACAAGGGAUUUAAUCGUGAACUAUCCAAAAACAAAUUGAUCCACAUAAAUACGCACACGGACAGCAAAACAAGCAAAAAUGGAGAGCAAACAUUGGAGCUGCUUUGUGGCCAUUGUGCUGGGCGUGCUAAUAUUCAAAAUGCACAUAUUUGUUGCAUUCGCCGAUCAGGACGAGGAUAUACCGCACAACGAGGUUCGCAAUUGGGCCUUGAAGUUCGGCGUUGACUUGUGGGAAUUUGGACGUCAAUUCACCAAAAUGAACGAGAUCAAAAGUCGCUUCAAGGACAACGACAUCGAAGUGAAGCGCAAGGAUGGCAUUAUCCUGCUGCGUGAAUUGGCCGCCGAGGUGAAGAACUUCAUGGAUUUCAAGCGGAAUGCUGUCAUGCGCCUGAUGGACUCCGCUGAGCAAGCAGCCCUGUCGGAGCUAGAGGGCCAAGGACAGGCGGAGUCGCCGAUGGGAGGACAACAGCACUACGAUGCCCGGCGGAUCAACGAAUAUAAUGCCGAUGGCAAGCUAGCGGACGGAGCCCGCCACAUGGACAUACGGUUCAUGCGGCGCUUCGAGCGCCUGCCGGUUAAUCUCAGUCUAAGCUCGAUUCUGGUGCCGCACGGCGUCGACUUGGAUGAGGCGGACGUGAAGUCGGCGCUGCAGUGGAGCGGCCACUUGGAUCCGUUGUUCCAGAACAACUUAGAGCAAGAUCCGGCAUUGUCAUGGCAAUACUUUGGCUCCUCGACAGGUUUCCUGCGUCGCUUCCCAGGCACUGCCUGGCCCCCAGAGGGCUCCAAGGGCAGCAAACUUAUCCAUGACUUCCGCACGCACAAUUGGUUCGUCCAGGCCGCCUCGUCGCCCAAGGAUAUUAUGAUUCUCUUGGAUGCCUCAUCGAGCAUGACGGAGAAGUCCUUCGACCUGGGCAUGGCCACUGCUUUCAACAUACUGGACACUCUGGGUGAAGAUGACUUCGUUAACCUCAUAACCUUUUCGGAGGUAGUGAAAACACCUGUGCCGUGCUUCAAGGACCGCAUGGUUCGAGCCACUCCCGACAACAUUCAGGAAAUCAAGUCUGCGGUCAAGGCUAUUAAACUGCAGGAUACGGCUAACUUUACGGCUGGCCUGGAGUACGCCUUUAGUUUGCUGCACAAGUAUAAUCAAUCGGGGGCUGGAAGCCAGUGCAACCAGGCCAUAAUGUUAAUCACGGAAAGCACCUCGGAGUCGCACAAGGAUGUAAUCAAACAGUACAAUUGGCCACACAUGCCCGUUCGGAUCUUCACUUACCUGAUUGGCAGCGAUUCUGGCAGCAGAAGUAAUCUACAUGACAUGGCCUGCUCCAACAAGGGAUUUUUCGUCCAGAUCAACGACUACGAUGAGGCACGCCGCAAGGUGAUUGACUAUGCCCUGGUAAUGGCCCGUCCGAUGAUUAUGUACCAGGCGGACCAUCCGGUACACUGGAGCCCAGUGUUUGUGGCUGGAAAAUCUGGAGGACUUGGACGCGAUUCAGAAUAUCAGAGACGCCUGGUGACGACAGUUUCAACUCCGGUCUUCGAUAGACGAAACCAUUCGGUGCGCGUUGCCAAUCUGCUGGGCGUAGUGGGUACCGAUGUGCCUAUUGAGGAGAUCCGCAAGGUGAUCCCACAACACAAGUUAGGACCGAAUGGGUAUUCGUUUAUCGUGGAUAACAACGGGCGGGUUCUCUACCACCCCGACCUUCGGCCCCUGGGUGAUGCGAGCCAGUACAUCGACCAGCUGAAGCCCAAAUACGCCUCAGUAGACAUCACGGAGUUGGAACUGCCGGAAACAGAGUUCGGCAACAAUAACGAACCUGUAGAAAUAAACAAAAACCUUCUAAACGAGAUGCGCGGUGAUAUGAUAAAACCAAAGGAGGGAGAGACGGAAUUCACCGUGAUGAACCACUACGAUGACUCAAAGCGGGUUUCGACUAGAACUCAUCGCUAUUUCUAUGGCCCCAUCGAGGAUACACCUUUCACGCUGGCUAUUGUGCUCCCGGAGAAAUACGGUAGCCAUGAGUUUGUCUCCCAGCAGGAGAUCCGUCAUUCGCGUAACAAUGUUACCGAAUACUUUAAGGGAGACAACUGGCGCGUACAUCCCGAUUGGGUGUACUGCGAGUACAAUAGCGUCAGUGAUCUGGAAAAGGAAAGGGAGAGCUCCGGCGAGUACUCCUCGCGCGAUCAGGAGCCAAGUUUCGGAUCGCCAGAGGAGCAGGUAUUGCACUUUCUGUCUCGCGCUGGGCGCCCCGGUUGGAAGUGGAUGUCGGUUCGACCCAAGUCGCCGCAGCCACAUCACAACAUGCACAGUGGCUCCAAUGGCAAUGCGCCCGGAUCGAGCCACUUUGGGUCGCAGCAUCAAAACUCUCAGGGAUCUCGCAAGGCUGAGCCCUACUUCUGCGAUCGAACCCUCAUCCAGAGCUUGGUGCGCGAUGCCAUGGUAACCGAGGGACUUGAUAGAAACACGACGGGAUCUUCCAGCGGCAAGGAGGAUAAGCAUCCAAUCGCCACAUUGAUGGCAAUCCUUAAGAGGCAAGGCUAUCAGAAGUUUGUGGUUGCUACUUCUUUUGUGGCUACAAGAUCGGGUCUUCUGCGGUGGAUUGAUCAUGUCAAGCGUCCCGAGGAUACCCCAGAACCGCACUUCAGCGAGGAUAAUGUCAGAGCCAUGGACACAUCGUGGUACAAGCGAGCCAUAGAUCAGCAUUCAGUGGAACCGGACAGUUUUGUGUACAGUGUACCCUUUGGUUCGGGCUAUGCCAUCAAGUCGAAUGCCACUUUGGUGACCGCAUCACAUGCCAUAUUUGUAGAGCAUCGGGGCCACAAAGCUCCCGCUGGAGUUGUGGGUCUUCAGUUCCAACACGAUUCCUUGGCAAAACAUUUCAUAAACAUCACCUCAGCAUGCACCGGAAUGACUGGAUGCAAGAGAACCUGUGCUUCGGACAAUCUGGACUGUUAUGUUUUGGACAACAGCGGAUUUGUGAUCAUAUCCGAAGAAAUGGAGCACACAGGAAAGUUCUUUGGUCAGAUCGAUGGCACCAUUAUGGACUCCUUGGUUCAGGACAGGAUCUACAAAAGAGUAACGGUAAACGAUUACCAGGGUGUCUGCUCAGAUGCGGAUAAUCCCUAUACGGCAGCAGGUGGCAUCUUAAGACCGAAUCGCCUGGGCUCCUGGUUCUUUAAUCAUCUUCUGGCCUUGAGUGCCACUUGGUUGUCUUUUAUGCCUGCUUCGCUGCGGGCGUGGCCCCAGGAAGAGUAUACCUAUGACAAUGAGGAUGUUGUAUUUGUGGACAAUAACUACUCUGAUGAAUAUGAGUUUGGAAGCGAAAAUGAUUACAACAUGCCAGUGGACCAGGAAAUGGAUGAGUUCUUCACAACAGCUGAUGUGGAGUACACCACGCCACCGCCUAGACAGCAUAAGCCCCAUGUGGGGCCGAGGUUUUCACCGGAUCCGCACAAUGCCAGACGGUGUGACUUGCGCACCGAUCUAUACAUGCUCCAGCCAGAGCGUCUCAAUCAGGGUGGACAGAACAAUCCACUCAAGGGUAAACUAACAAACUGUCAUGUAUCUGGAUGCGAGCGUCCUUUCAGCGUCCAGAAAAUCCCGCACAGCAAUUUGAUUUUAUUGGUUGUGGACACUCUGUGUCCGUGUGGCUCCAAGCAGCUGGACAUCGAACCCUUGGAGGAGACAGGCGUAAUCGGAGCCUGCAGUACAAGACGCCAAGGGCAGGAGCAGGAGUCGCGGCGAAGACCCAAAAAGUGCAUCAACUAUCAUCCCGAGGAGAUCGAGAUACAGCAGUGUGGACGUGGCAGCACCCUGCAGCACAUGUCUGGAUCCGUAAUUGUGGCCCAUCUCCUGAUGGUGACCGUGACCUUUGUGCUGGCCAAUGCGUGAUAUGAGCACUAAAUGAGUUUUGAAAAUUAGGUUUGCACUAUUUUUGUGUUGAAAACAAUAAGCGAAUGGGGUUCCUGAAGAGCCCUAAAGUUUCUUUUAAUCGAAAGAAAUAGGCAGCUUGAGUUUGUUGAUUUAAGGUUUGGAGAUCGAAGUGGAAACUGUUAGUAAGCCUCUUAUCACAAAAUGAGGUAAAGGGGAAAAAAUAAAAUAUUUAUUAUUAGAAGAUUCGCAGAAUGAGCAACGUUACACAGAUAAUACUAACGAGUUUAUAUCAUUAUGUUUGUAGACAAUAAUUUGCAGAAAAUAAUUUUCAUUGACAAUUAGGCAAAAAGAAUAGCUAAACAUAAAUUCUGAAUGUAUGUGUGCCAUACGAAUAACGUUUGAAAUUAAAUUGUUUAGUCGAAUAUAAAUACUUUCUAGAACGAGCUUUGUUUACCAUUUAUUCAUUGAUUUCCUUCUUAAAACAAAAAAUAAUAGACGCAAAUAUAAGAACCAGUGCAAAAAUGUAAUAAUAAUGGAAAAGAAAAACAGUUAUCAGUCGGAUAAUGUAAAUAGUAUCAGAAAAUAUUCAAAAUGAGCAAAAUUCCUACCGAUAAAUAAUUCGUUUUUUUUCCUGUUUUCUAUCGUACAACUUAAAUACUACAAAAAAUAAAUGGAGUUACUUUUGCACUCAACUGCGUACGCACAAAUAUCAAGUAUUAUAUAUAUAUUUUACAACCAAAAAAUAUCGAAUUCACUGAACAAAUGGAAGACUUGAAACACCCGACAGCAAUGUAAAAACAACAAAAGCACACCAAAACCAUGAGCAAAAACAGAAAAUAGGCAGAUAUAUAGGCAAUUCAUAUCUGAUAUGUAUAUGGCUGAUAUCCAAUUUUCAACAGAAGCAAGCGAAACGAAUCAAAGGAAAAACAAGUUAAUUAUUAAAUAAAUAUUUGAUUAGUUUUGCAGAAAAUAAAUAAUGAUAAAGGGAAAAUGUGGAAAAAAGUAAUAAUUUAUUUUAUAUACAUUUUAUACAAACCUCAUUCAUAUAACAAGAAGCGGAAGGUGAAAACCAAAUCGAUCAACUAGUGUAAUCGUUUCAUUAAUUUUUAGACUAUAUCGCAUCUGGUUUGGGUUUCUUUAAUUUCUUAGGCCUACAUAGAAAUUUACAUAUCUAUUGGAGUUCUGAAAUAACAAGUAUUUCUUUUCUAAACUAAUAAACGAAACUAUUUUAAAAACAAAUUACUCGGAACACUUACAUAUUGAAACCGACACUCAAUCUCACUCACUCUGAACACAAGAAAACACUUACACACAUAUACAAAAUAUAAAAAAAGAAUAUUUUCUGUGUCUUAAACUUGUAUAAAAAAUGUCUUCCAUUAAAAAUACUUAACGAAAAAUGAAAUCCAAACAAAGUAAAACAAUUUAUAAAUCAAUACCUACUAACUAACUUAAACUAAAGAAUACGAUUAUAUAAGUAUAUAUAUAAAUAUAUAUAUAAAUAUAUAUUAAAACAUUUAACUCGAAAACUCAUUAAUCUCAAGCAUACACAAUUUCAAAAGUUUCACUCUGCCUCGCCUGUUCAGCUCUAAGUUGGCAGUAGAGAGGGGAAACCAAAAAAAAAAAAAAAAAAAAAAAAAAAUAAUAUUAUAAAACAACACAUUCUUACACCCAUUAGAAGGUUAGAUAAUGUAGUUAGUUAGGGCUGGGCUAUGGGCAGCACCGGAAGGUUAAAGAGCAUGCAAGGGAGGAUCAUACAAGCAUUAGAUGAAAUAUUAGCAGAAUAUUUAAUAUAUAUAGUAAAUAUGUAAUAAACCUAAUUCAACACACAACUUAAACCGAAAACGAGUAAUCAAUUGUAAGUCGUAUGUCAUAAGAGCUGUUUGUUAAACCAUGACAAUGUCGAUGGAUGUUGGUCUGGACACCAGUGCGUAUGCGUUAUCUGAUCUGGAGUAUGUGCAUGUCUGAUUGGGUGUUUGACUGUGUGUGUGCAUGGCUAGAGACCUUGACUGACUUUAAGCGGCGUGGGUGGAGGGAAUGUGUGCGUGUAAGUAACGACAAUGGAUAUACCUGGUAGGCCACCGAAAGGCAGAACACAAUAUACACACCGUACAGUUAAGAUCGCUAUCCAACAUUUCCCCCGUUCUAUAUCCCUCAGUCUGCCGACAUCUUCGGCUACAUUCUCACUCACACUCCUGUUCACCACAAAUCCACUGUAAAAUGGCAUUCAAUUCCUUCGCAUUCACUAUACUUCAACUCGAAAAUAAUAAACAUAUUUAUGUAUUCAACUUUUUGACAAACAAACAAUUCCAUAUCAAAAUACAAAAAAAAAAAAAAAAAAAAAAACAAGAAAAACAAAACGAAAAUAAAACUUUACUGAGGUAUGUAAUAAUAUAUAAAAUUGUUCUGCAAGAUUUUCUAUGUUUGUUUAUUUUUAUAAUGAAAUCGAAUGUUUGUAUGUGUAGUCCAUAAUUUUCUAAAGGCAUAUGAAUAUAUUGAAAAGAAAAACAUAAAAACGAAUGUAAUGUUUAUUGGUCUUAAUGGAAUGAAAAACAAAAUGGAAAACAAUUAAAUCUACCAUUAUUAACUUACGAAUUAAAUCAAAUUUUUGACAAUGCGAUUUUUGCUUUUUGGAAAUCGUGCUUUUUGCUAAAACAAAACCACAAAAACAAAAAAUGAAAACAAAAUGAACUAUAAUUAACAUACGAACACACUUUUGCUCUCUAUAAACCCUAUAUACAAGCAUCUUUCUAUAUGGAACAUUUAUAUAAAGCCAUCCGAAACCAAAAACAAAAAAAAAAACGUAUAUAAAACAUAUAACAAAACGAUCCCUUGAAAAACUUUUCAUAUUUAUACAGAGAAUUGAAGAAGUCCCUAAAAUGAAUAUUUUAUGAUUUGCAGCUCUUUGUUUUGAUUAGUUUUCUUAUUUUUUAAUUGCCACAUUCAGUAUUUUUAUUGAGACCGAAUAAACAAAACAGAAGACAACUGAAAAGUAAAAUUAAUGAAAAAAAAACAUAGUUACUGACUAAAACGUUUUUUUGGACUGAUGUCACUCUAUCAAGAAAUAAUCAACUUAAAUAAAUUCUGUUAUUGCUGUCAAACACAUUUAAAUAAUAAUACUAAAAUCAAGAAAAAGGAACUUUUAAAUUGUGAGAGAAAUUGUUGUUUCAUUAAAUUUGUCAUUAUGAGAUUUGAAAAUAUAAAUGUUUAAUGCAAAACCAAAACAGUAUGGAAUACAUAUAAAUACGUACACUCAUGUAAGUCAUAUACAUUCUGUAUAUUCCACAGACCCGCGAAACGGCUUAAAAUAAAUAUUGAAAUUGUUCAAAAAUGCUUCAAAAUUUGGAUAAAGGAAAAAAUGUAUUUAGUUUUAUGAAACAAAAAACAUAACAAACACACACUAAAAACACGCUCACCAACGACACACACCUAUAGACAAAACUUAUGUUAUUUUGUAUGGAAAGUCUACAAAGAAUUUCGCAUAUUAGUUUAAAAGAAAUAAAAACUAUUAAACAUUAGUCAAAGUAAAAGAAAAAGAACACAUUUGCGAAAAGCCUAACUGUUAAGGGAAAAACGAGGAAAGUAAACGGCAUACUUACAUAAAUUAAUUAUAAAUUAAUAUAAACUUGCUCAUUAUUCUAAUUACAAACUGGAAAUUAUAAGUAAAUGGUAUACAUAAAUAAUAUAAUUAAAACCAAGUUAAGAUUCAACAUUAAACAGGAAGAUGAACAACUAAAAAUAUUAUAAAUACAUAAUAUGGACGAAGGAACACAAAAGAAUGCAUAAGAAAACAAGAAAGAAGAAAUAAAUGACAAGAGGUAUUAUAAAAUAAA